AAUAUUCUUCUUGAUUCCUUCACCCAUACCCAAAUCUACGGCUGAGAUCAACAAAAAAGAAAUGAUAAAAUUUUUUCUUAUGGUAAACAAACAAGGUCAAACAAGGCUCUCGAGGUAUUAUGAGCAUGUAGAAAUUAAUAAACGGGCAAUGCUGGAAGCUGAAGUAAUCAAAAACUGUCUCUCCCGUUCAAAGGAUCAGUGCUCUUUCAUUGAGUAUAAGGACUUUAAGCUGGUAUACCGACAGUAUGCAGCCCUUUUCGUAGUCGUUGGAAUCAACGAGACAGAGAAUGAGAUGGCAGUGUAUGAACUAAUUCAUAAUUUUGUGGAAGUUUUGGACAAAUACUUCAGCAGAGUGAGUGAAUUAGAUGUAUCCUUUUCAAUCAUGUUCAAUUUGGACAGAGUGCACAUCAUUUUGGAUGAAAUGGUGCUAAAUGGUUGCAUUGUGGAAACAAACAGGAGCAGAAUUCUCGCCCCUCUGUUCGUGCUUGACAAAGUGGUGGAAAGCUAGGAAGAUGCAAGACCAACUGCAGUGUUUUCCAAAAGAUGGCGAAACCACCAAGAGGGUACCGACAGCAGUUGUCUGAUGUCGUAAGACUGACUCAUGCAAUAUUCAAAUCAGCUGGAAAAUAUUUCCUGUAUCUCCUUUACCCCGCUUACCCAAUGGAACAAUAGAGCUAAACAUAAAGUGGAACCUUCAAUUUCAGAUGCAGCUUUAUUGACACCACGGAAAUCUUUCUGGAACAGUCAACAUUUUUUAAAAUUGACUGGGGAUAGAGUAACAGAAACUUAUACCUGACCAUCUAGACACCACUUCGAGUUACAUAGCAUUGUGCCAGACCUAGGACAAGACAGAAAAUAAGGAAAUAAAAAUUCAAACAGAGUUUCAAUGCUUUAUUUAAGCACCAACUUGAUUUUUCUUUAUUUUCAUAUGAAUGUACUGGAAACUAUAGGUCUCUAACUUUUGUGACCACUUUUAAACUAGAUUCAACUUUCAUUAAAAAGCUGGUUUCACUCCCUUUUCCAUGGACGUCAUGGUUACAAAAUAAACAUAACGAGUAUAGAUGUAUUCCUGCACAGUGUGUAAUUUGUAACUAGAAGUAUUUGGCAUUUAAAUACUAGAACAUUAAUAAAAGAUGAAUCAAAGUUUGAUAAUCUUUUACCAUGUUGACUUCAUAAAUUACAUAAAAUCUUUUCUAUUCUGGCACAUCAGUGUAUUUUUUUUUCUCUUGUAUGUUCUAUCUGUGCUUCAUGAUUAAAACAUUUACAAAAGAUGAAUAACAAAAGAUAUGCAAGUUUCUCAGUACCAGCAAGGUACCAGAUCACAUCUUCCUUGUGGAGCAGGAGGAUAUAGCUUCUAUGCUAACCUGUAUUCCCAGGCUACAGCGUGCUCAUUCACAGCGCUGUACUACGCUGUGCGAGUCACUGAAGAGCCAGCAAUCUGAGCUUCCUUUCACUCCCUCGAUCCUCCCUCAUAACCUCCACACCAGCACUAGGCAUUGACUUGGUAUUGAAAGAGCACGUACUGCGUGAGCUUCACGUGUGAGAGCACUUAAAUUGCACCCAGAAACCAGGGUUGAAGGAGCAGAGAGUGAAGUGUGUGAGAGAAUAGUCCACAGAGCUUUAAAAUAGUACUGCCUUCAGCAAAAGGAGUUGGCAUUGGAUCUGGAGCAGACACUUGGACACAAGGUUUAUGCAACUGUUUUGUUGAAGCACAACAGUCACAGGAGUGGGCGAGCGGGUGGGGUGGAGAUUCCCCUUCAAUUUUCAUUGGGGAAGGUUUCAAAGAUGCCUGUAAAGUCCUAUGAAUAAUGCUACAAA